ACAGUCAGAAACAAGAAGAAAUUGGAACUCAAGAGAAACUUGCAAUGGACACUCUACUCCCAUGGGAGUGAUCGUACUAGGAACUACGUUUUCACUUAUCUCUCAAGCGCAGUGCGGCAGUCAUGCAUUCAUUAUAGUGAAGUCAUUACCUCCUAUCACAAACAAAGAGUCUACAGUCCUUGUUCUAUGUCGUCAAUUUUCCUCAUUCGAUCGUUCGUUUAUGAUGACACGCAUUUGUUUGAAUCGGCCCGCACCGCCUUUUACAUUGAUCCUGACGCAACAUGAACUGAGUCACUUACAAACAUCAAGGCGUCAGUCAUGUAAAGCUGAAGACUGCCUGCCUAGGAAUAUCCUAGACCAGCAUAUCAAUCACACAUGACAACGCAUCAAAGCGAUCACCGCUCAGUACGUAUGAACCAUAGGUCUGCCUGAUUACGAACCACUAUGGAAGAACGUGAUGUAGUCUAUGAUCCACUUGGCACGAGAAUGGUAGCAUGAGCGU